GCACCGCCACAAUGCCAGCGAGCACUAGCACCGCUUGGAGCGAGGAUGUGCAGGACUUGAACACCUCCACGGCCGAGUCCGUGACAAGCCCAGCCACUCAGGAUCAGGAUGUCCCGCCUUCGGAAACUGUCAUGGUGGAUGAUAACACGAAGCGAGUGACUGAGUAUCAUCGAGAUGAGGAAGGCCAGUUGGUAAAGAAGACGACCACUUACCGUGUCGAGUCGCGCACAACCAAGGCGUCCAAGGCCGUUAUUGCGCGUCGCAAAUGGACCAAGUUUGGUGCGGCCAAGGGCGCGGCUCCCGGUCCCGAGGCUGUGACUACCAGCGUCGGUGAGGAGGUGUACCUCAUCCUCAAGACACACAAGCAAAAGGCUGAGCCCCAGGACGCUGAGCCCGAGAAACCCACUGGUAUCACGUCUGUUUCGUGCCGUAAGUGCGGUGGUAGCCAUUUCACCCACAGCUGCCCCCACGCCAACCUCGACACCAAGCCCGUCGCGCCUCAGGUGGAUCCAGAGAGCGAGGGUGGCGCCAUGGGCGCCUACGUGGCCCCGAACAAGCGUGGUGGCCAAUCACAGGAACAGGAGAACUCGGUUCGCAUUACCAACUUGCCCCCGGAGACACAGCACGAGGACUUGAAGGAUUUGAUCAGGGAAAUGUGCAACCAGUUGCACAUGGCCGGCAUGCAGCGCAUGUACUUGGCGCAGGAGACCGAUGCCGUUACCGGCUUCAAGACAGCCAAGGGUUUUGCCUUUGUUACCUUCCAUACCCGCAGCGACGCCGAGAAGGCCAUCAAGCACCUUGAUGGUCAUCGUUACGGCCAUGCCAUUAUUCACGCCGAGCUCUCCAAGCGCAACUAAGCCAAGCUCUACGGAUCCGCUGUGCUUGUGAUAGCUUCCUUGGUGCCGUGCAUCGCCAACGUUCUAAACCCUUUCCUUGAGCAAAUGGCCUCGCUGUGGUUCACGCCGCUG